AAGGAAUGAUUAUCCAAAAUUGACUGCAAGGCCUGGUUAUUACGGCCUUGAACUAAGUAUUUAUUGACGCAGGAGUCCUGUGGAAUGUUAACUUUUCAGACUAAGCUGAUCUUGAGUCUCUUCCUCACAGUUACAGGCCUCAGGUUUCUUCCACCACAAGAUGACGGCGAAGGAGCAAUGUCUUCGGGCGAUUCUUCCCCGGGGAGCAACGAGCCGGACCUUGAGAGGGUCCCUGAGCGGUUUCGUGCGGGGUUCUCCUCGGUCCACGGACCCCGCCUCUCGGUGCCGCGUCUGUGGUCGACAUUCUUGGGGCUGCAGGGCAAGCGGGCGGGAUUAGGAGCCGGCGACCUGCCCUCCCGGAGCCGGGCCGGAGGCUCCUGGAGGAAUCGCGUGCUGGAGGCCGCCCGGGACGGGCCGGCCUGGCGAGUUCCAUCACCGGCGGGGGGGGAGCGAGUCCCUCAACCGCCUCAACCGGGGUCCGAUCGCAAGACAGCGGGCGCCUUUCACAUCCGCACGGCGACGGGCUACGGCGUGUGGGGCACGGUGCCGGCGGACACCCGCUUUCAAGCGGCUCGGCAGAGGUGGCGCCCUCCGUCGAAGAACAGCACCCCCCGCCAUCGGCCGAGUGUGGACGACGCCCCAAAAGGGCGGGAGGAGGCGCUGGCACGCGACUGGCUUCGGAGCUCGAGCCCAACGGACAAACCGUCAACGGCGGCGGCCGCGCUCUCUCGGAACAACAACGACGACGCGGAAAACAGACAGAGGAGUGCCGAGGAGGCUUGGAGGCGAUUGAUUGAGAAAGGGAGGAGAGUCACCGAGGAGAUCGUCCUCCCGCUGUCCGAGCAGGAAGCCAGUCCAUCGAGCUGCAGAGCUGUACCUUUCACCCAGAGCAUUUCGCAUCUAAACUGCAAGGCCUUUAACAUCCAAAACCAACUGUGCUUUGGCCACUGCAGUUCUUUCUUCAUCCCCGGGGCAGAGCAGAGGUUGAACCAGUCAUGCUCCAGAUGUUUCCCGAGCCAACUAAGGAAGAUCGUGGUCUUGCUGGAGUGUGAAGGAGUCCUGGUAGUGAGCAGAAACAUCACUCUGGUAGAAGAAUUAGGAGGAAGACAGAGAGAAAAGCAAAUGCUUUCAGUACCAGCCAGGAGAAUCAAGCUGCAACAAUCACGAAAGAGGGAUCUAAAUCAGCCAUUUUCAGUCCCUUGAUCCUGCUGUUACAUUCAAUGAAAUGAUGUGUACCUCAACAACAUUCACCCACCUUCAGUCUAACUGGCACCGUAAUGAACUGGCAGUCUUGAUGAACCGGCAAAAAGUAUAUAUUGAAAUGCCAGAAAUUUGUUAUAUUACUGUGAUCUCCAUGAUGUCCGAGUAGUCAGUUGAGAGCGCAAGUGAGAAGGAUCUCUGCUGAUGCUGCCUGAUCCACCAAGCAUUUUCUGCUUUUAUUAUCAUUGAACUAGUUUUAUUUUGAAGUCUGCCUUCAAAACUCCAGUCGUAAAUGGACAGUUUCCCAGGGAUAAUGAGACAAAAGGGACAAUUUCCGUGAUGCUGACCUGUUCCCAUUGAAAGAGAUGUUUUGUGUAUGUGUGCGUGUGUUUGAAGCAGAUCUAGCCCUGAAAGUGCCAAGUUUACGUGCUGCACCAGUGGAUAGGAGGGGGUAUGCGAAUCGGACCACGAAAGGACAAAGCCCUCGUGCUAAGGCCUUAACAGGGUGCUUUGGCACAUAUCUUCCCCACAUAUAUU